AUGACGAUCGAACUAGAUAAUGAAAAGCGAUAUAUUACUUCACGGCCUCUUGAAAAGCCACAGCGUGGAGAGAUGGACGUCGUGGUGUCACCAUCCGCAUCCUCACAAGCCUCAUCACGAUGCAGAUCUGAUCGGGGUGGGAGAGCACACAGACAUGCGAGUUUUAGUGAAGACUCUAGUGAGCAGGAAAAUGAUCAUACCAAUACCCCUUUAGCCAGAGCUAGACUUGUGUCCAACAUGGGGCGAGGAAAGAUCGAUUCUAAGGAAAUAUUCAAAGCAUUAGAGCCCGAUGAAGAUGGCAAAGUAGACAGUGUAAAGUUACUGGAGUUCCUAAAAAAAUCGGGACUAGCUACCUCUGAUGGUCGCAUGAGGAAUACGUACAAGGAGCUCAAGAGUCAGGACUUUGUUGACUUUGAGAGGUUCCAAACACUGAAGACUAGCAAUGAACUAGUAGGGAAGGCGUUUCGAGGAGAGCUGGCUAUCUCCGAUUUUGAAGCCUUCUGUGACGUUAUUAACGAUGCUUAUAAAGAUUUGGAGGACUGUACUGAGGGCGAAAAUGCCGACUAUAUACCAACACUGGCUACAGUUAAUCCGGACUACUGGGCGAUCAGUGUUUGUAGUGUACAUGCACAGCGCUACUCGAUAGGUGAUAGUAAGGUUCCAUUUUGUCUACAGUCAACUUGCAAGCCUCUUAACUACUGUAUGGCGGUGGAAUUACAUGGCAAGGAGAAGGUACAUGAGCACGUUGGGCAUGAGCCUAGUGGGAGGAACUUUAAUGAGAGGGUCUUGCUACAGCCGAAAGGCAUACCUCACAAUCCACUUAUCAAUGCUGGUGCAAUCAUGGUAUCAUCGCUAUUGUAUAUGGACAAGUCGGAAUGGGAGCGGUAUGAAGCGGUAACUGAGACGUGGCAGCAUCUAGCUGGGAUGUCUAGGAGGCCUCAUAUACAGUAUGAUACGUUUAUGGGGGAGCGAGCGACGGCGAAUCGGAAUUACUGUUUGGCGUAUAUGAUGGCUGAAGAGAACGCCUUCCCACCAAACACAGAUAUUCAGAAGACUCUUGAGUCCUACUUUCAAUGGUGCUCACUUGAACUAGACUGUGAGGAGAUGUCUGUUGUUGCUGCUACCCUUGCAAACGGUGGUAUUUGUCCCAAGACGGGCGAGCGUGUGUUCAGUCAGGACACGGUAUCGUCUUGUUUGUCCAUGAUGAUGAGUUGUGGUAUGUACGACUACUCUGGCGAGUUUGCAUUCACAUGUGGUUUCCCUGCAAAAUCAGGGGUCUCUGGCGUUCUAUGUAUUGUCAUACCAGGGGUUUGUGGAAUCGCCACGUUUUCACCGCGGCUGGAUGCCUUGGGAAAUUCUGUGCGAGGAGUGAAGUUCUGUCAAAUGUUGUCUAAACGACUUCCGGUGCACGCUUUCGGCGGUCCUCAAGAAUCCGUCACGGAUGAGGCACAGACUCCGCCGAAUCACCCUUUAGUGGAGCAUAGGAUACGUAAUUGUUUAGGAGAUACUUUCAGAUGGCGUACCAGUGCCCAGAUCGAUGUACUGACCAACUUUACUUUAACAGAAUAUUCUAGUUUGUGGUGGAGUGCUGCUGUUGGUGAUGCUAUUAGGAUCCGUCAUUUAGCGGCUAGAGGAAUUGACGUUCGUACGGCAGACUACGAUCUGCGUACUGCUCUGCAUUUGGCUGUGUGUAAUCAUCAUCGAGAAACUGUGAAACUGUUGAUGUUCUUGGGUGCGGACCCGGAGUUUCGCGACCGCUAUAACAACACAUCUAUCAUGGACGCUCAAAGAGAGUCGGAGGAUCGCUGUGUGCGGGAGCUGAAACGCGACAUCGCUCUUCGGGCCAGUUGUCCUCCUAUGUUGCCUGGUGAAGAUGGCGAUAUCGUCCUGGCACGGUACUUCGCUGAUAUGCCCUGGCCACUAGAUUCACGGCGCCUGAUUCGAGCAUUGGAGUGGUAUGGUCUCCCGAGAGAUUCUCCGAGGGUUCAGGCUCUACUAAAAGAUUUGGGGUGGUAUGGUAGUGUUAGAGUCGGUGGGAUGCCCGACAGUUUGUCGGUGCCUGGGUGCUUAUCAGUUCCUGAGGAUAUGAAUCUGACUGGCGAGGCUGAGGCACUAUACUCGGCUGAUGAAUUCUCGAGAAUUGCGAAGAAGCAUGAUAUCGCUGUGAAGGCUCUUUGUGGCAAGUUGAUCGUCCCGAAUUGGCCCAAGUUUACACAGAGACUGAACGAAUGCUUCUCUGCUUGUUGUGAGGAUCACCCUCAUCAAGAGAUCAUCACAGUCGGUGUGUGUACGACUGACAGUCAGCAGUAUGCUCGGGAUGAGAGCGCCUUGCCAGGGUCACCCUCAGCAGCUAGUUGUGCAUCUGAGUACUCACCGGUAUGGACCCCCGAGGAGUGUCUUAAAUGCUUUCCAACGGGUGGACUUAUACGGCCGAUUCUCUACUGUAUGGCGGUGGAAAUGCUGGGCUUGGAGGAAGUUCAUAAGUGGAUGGGAAGAGAGCCCAGUGGCGAGAAGCAAACGUAUUUAGGCCUUGACCAUUUGAAUAGGCCACAUAACCCCUUUGUGAUGAUGGGGACGAUAAAUCUGUGUGCGUUGCUGUCUAGGGGGUUGGAUAAGGAAUAUAGUGGAACUGGCAUGAGACCCUCGUUGGAAAGGGUCCUCGAGAACUGGAGGAAGUUGAGUGGUUCAGACACGGUCCCACCGGAAGCUGCUGAGCUUGGGAAAAAACUUGACAGAAGGCACUCGGACUUGGCACGGAGUAUGGCUUAUCGCUUGCGGUCUAUUCAUCGCUUUCCAAAUGGGGCGGAUAUUGACGACGCGAUUCAAUUGAUGUUUGAGACGCACGAGCGAGAGGUCAAUGUCGCUGGUGUUGCAGCAGUGGCGGCCUCCUUUGCCAACAGUGGAGUGUGUCCGAAGACCAACGAGAGGGUUUUCAAGGAUCAGACAAUCCGGUCGGGUAUGUGGGCCUACAACCUCGGUAUACCGGGUAAGAACUCCAACCUGGGCGCCGGCAUGGCAGUAGUACCGGGCGUACUCGGCAUAUGUGUGCACUGCCCGAGCUCGGAGUUCGGGGAGGAGUCGGCAGAGAAGACUAUCAGAAAUUAUGGUACUUCCGAAGAGUCUUAUUCGUUGAGUCGUAAAGGUCUGGAUUUCUUCUAUCACAUGGAGGAGACCUUCAACUUCCACUUGUUCAAGCGCCACGACCCCGUAUUGCGAGCUAGUGAUCGUCAUGUGGACCCAACACUCUAUUAUGGUUCCGUCAAGCAUGAGCUUACUAAUCAGCUUAUUAUGGCCUGCGCUAAUAAGGACGUUUAUACGGUCCAAUACCUUCUUCAGCUGGGGGUGGAUCCGAAUGUUGCCGAUUACGACAGUAGAACCGCUGUGCAUUUGGCUGCGGCUUCUGGUUGUUUGAGUGCUAUGAAGUUGCUGAUGGACGCUGGGGCUCGGCUGAAUACGUACGAUAGAUGGGGUAACACACCCUAUGAGGAGGCCAAGAGGCAUGGGCGUAAAAAUAUCGUCAAUUUCCUCGAGAAACUGGUUAUGGAGGGCUCGCCGUCUAUGCGAGAGGAGCGAAAUCAGACGAAGUCAUUGGACUCUGAUGCAGCUGAGGAUGACUUUGUUAAUGAUGCCGAAGCUGUUAUGGAGUACUUUGGCGAUGUGGAGGUGCUGGGAGUUGAGGGGGAGCCGUUGUGGUAUGACGAUAAGGAGCCGAAGGAAUGGAACACUGGAAUGCCGGCUGAAGUUGAGGUUCUUGGUAUAGACGAUGCCCCAGGGAGCGGUGGUCACCAAGAAUGAUGAUGGCAAUGUUUUAUCCAAUAUUGGAGUUGAUACACUACUUUUGAUGAACCGUUUGUGGUUACCUGUUUACUUGAACAUAACUUUGAUAAACACUUGCU